GAAUGGCCCAACAUUGUCAUCCUGACUGGAGGCGCGAAGUACCAGUUCGACGACCGAGGCCGCGAACGUAUUCGCAUCCAUGCGAAGGACGGCUGGCAGGAUUCAAUUCCGCCAGCCAUUCUGCAGUACUCUCUGAGACUGCAUGACGUCCGAGAGCUCAAGGAUCCACACAACGGCGAGUAUGGCCAGUGUGUGGGAAGACACCCGAAGAUUCUGGAUGGCGGGUGGACCAUUUCCUUGGCCACCUCCACGCCAAUGAGAGCUGGGGCCCCAUGCGAUGCGGAGGUCGUUGUGCGUGGUGCCGGGACUUCGCGAGCCACCCGGCCGACACUAGAUCCGGCCGCGCACAGUGUCCCACCGGCCGCCGACGUCGGGUGGAAGUCGUGGCACACCGAGGAAUCCCCCUGCUGGAUCCUUGGCUUCAGCUGUUCGAUCGACGACGCCGAACAAGCAGCCACGAGGAGGUACUGGAUAUCAGACCUCCGACUCUGGAGCCGCGCCUUCGGAGUUGCCGGUCAAGGCGGCGCCAAAGCCUGGACCGGGCGUCCCCAAGGCAGUGCCACAGAUACCGAAGGCAGCGCCUGGUUGAUGGCAGACCACCGCCUACGCGGGCACCACCUCGUGGGCCCCCGAGCAGAUCCCCUGGGAGAGCAGCCCAAGGCAGUGGUUCUGGCGGCGAUAGGGAUGGACCCCCUCCUGGGCCAUCCCGCGCUUUUGUCUCCGAUCCACACGACUGGCGGGGCCGAAAACAAGGACCUGAAGGGGAUCAUCGCGGCCAUCAACAAGGAGAACAAGGACUCGGUAGAGCAGAACAAGAUCCUGUACGGUCAAGCAUGCGUUGCUGACCACUGGGCGCAAUGGUUCGAGGAGGAGCGUGGCGAUCUACCCGAGGGAGAUCGCAGUCCAGCGGUCGUGAUGACCGAGGCCACAUAUCUCGAAGCUCAACACCGCAACGCUCGAGAUCUGGCUUCCGUCAUCGCGGCGGCAGGACCAUCGCACCGCGCAGCCUUUGGCGAUGGCAUGGACACGAUGGAAGCAAUCUCAGAGGAUCUAAAGAAGACUGGCUGGCGAGGACCGAUUGGUCUCGGGGCCGGAAAUGAGCGCACCCUCCUACACAAUGUGAGGUUUUGGUGGUGGCCCAUGAGCCCGGCGCCUGUACAGAAGUAUGACAGGAGCCUUGCGAAAUGGAAGAAGACUGUGCUUCUCUUCCACGCUGGCGAGAUGCGCAUACUCCUUCGAGAUGCACCAAUCAAUGCCGAAGUGCCUACCCUACGGGAGACACAAGUAGGCAGUGCCGAUGCAAGUAGAACCUUAGUCGUUUGCAGGCCGUCGGUAGAUGAUGCUGGCGUCAUCGACGGGGCUUCCACGUACAAGGGAAGGAAGAGCCUGUAG